AUGACGUCCUCGCACCAACCCACGUCUUCGGUGCGAGCCAGCAGCGAUGGCGAUGAUCACCAUUCCUCGUCUGUGGGCCAACAGCUCGUUUCGGCCCGAGCAUCUUCGCAUUCCAGCAGCCAUAAUGGUCCGGCCUCCGAUGCCGCCGCCCCCGGGGUACCUUCGGGACCCUGCAUGAACGAGCCCGCUCCAUCGGCGCUUUCUUCUCGCUCCGGCGGCAUCCACGCAUCUCCUCAGAAGCACAGCGACGACAGCGACUCGGACCAAGACGACGCCGCAGAUAAUAACGAUCCCGAGUCGCUCUCGGCCAGCUUCUUGUCCCAACUCCGCAGCGACCCGAGGACCCCAACGGCGCGCUACUCGUUCGACGACCACCACGACUACUUCCACCGUCUAGAAUUCGAAGCCCUCGUCCAACAACAGCAGCAACAGCAGCAGCCGGCCGACACCAUGGCUACCUCCACCCCACCUGGCGAAGCAGCAGUGCGAUCUUCUUCGUCCUCGUCCUCGUCUCGGGAUCGCUCCUCAUCGCCAGCUUCUGCAUCGACCGCCAUCAAUGCCGAUCAAACCUCCUCGCGGCCCAAACUCGUCACGCUCGAUUCGGGCGCAAGUGCAAGCCUCAGCAGCGUCAAGACUCGCAAGCGCUCCAACUCGGCAGACGGCACCGUGUCGUACGCCAGCUUCCGCAAUGGUCGCUAUGUUGCGCGUCCACGACAUGCCCACCCGGGUCCGCCUUCGCUCGAGCAGAUCGUGCGCACCGUGCGCGGCCCACAGCCAUCCGACCGCCCCGGGUCAUCCAGCGCCAGACCGCGCUCCAAUAGCCGCUCCUCCGAUCACGGCCCCAUCGGCUGGUCACAACGAGGCAACAUGGCCAUGUUUGCUGAUGCAGGCAUUCCCGGCACCAGCUUCCCGCAUCCUGACGUGCUUGGUGCUGCAGCGGUGACCGCCGCUAGUCAGGCGCAUGGCGAGGCGGGAUCGGCCGCCGACUUUGAGAAUACCAUCCAGCCGUGGGACUCUCCACGCAUCCCGGCACGAGCGCUCGCUGCUCACGCCGUUCCUGCACAGCCGGUGCCUCUGGCAGCUACCAAGGGCAGAGUCGGCACCAGCCACUCGAUCGACGGCUCGGACCUCGCCAGCAACCAGCUGCGUCGCAAUCAAUCGCGCGCAUCACGCGCAGCCACCGACGCCGCUUCCCUCUCGCCACCACAAGACCAGCCCAGUGGUCCUGAAGAUGACGGCGUGAACAACCAGGACAAGGAAAACGAAAAGGAGAAGCCUACUUUCAAGGAGCGUUGCAGAGAUACCGUCAAGAGCAUCCGUCUUUCGUCCAACUACUUUGCCCUGUACAAAGCAGCCGACCGCACCGACGUUGCGCUGCUCGUCAUCGGCAUCAUUGCAGCCAUCGGUUCUGGCGUGCCACUGCCGCUCAUCGGUAUCCUGUUCGGCCAGCUCAUCGACGGAUUCAACAGCGCCUCGUGCGGCUCGUCCUCGGUGCCCACCGACAAGAACGCCUUCCUCUCCUCGGUCGACGACAAGGUAGGCAAGAUCGCCAUCAUCGCCGCCGUCAACUUCUUCCUCAUCUGGACCUACACGACCUGCUGGUCCAACCUCGGCGAGCGGCUGGUGCGCAAGAUGCGCCAGCGCUAUCUUGCCGCGGUCCUACGACAGGACAUGGCCUUCUUCGACACGCUCAAGCCGGGCGAGGUGGGCACGCGGCUGUCGGCCGACCUGCUCACCAUCCAGAACGGCACGAGCGAAAAGAUGGGCAUCCUCAUCUCGUCGCUCUCGUACUUUGUCACGAGCUACAUCGUGGCGUUCAUCAAGCUGCCCCGGCUUGCGGGGCAGCUCGUGUCGCUGCUGCCCGCGUUCGGAAUCGUCAGCAUCGUCGGGUCGAGGUUCGUUGCAAAUGCGCAGAAGAACACCUCGACCCAUCUGUCGCAUGCGGCGAGUCUGGCGGCUGAGGCGCUCAACAACUUGCCCGUCGUCCAGGCGUUUGGUGCGCAGAAGAGGCUCUCGAACAUCUACCAGAGCCAUCUGGAGCGUGCUCGUAGGCAAGGCACGCUCAAGGCGCUCGCGGCAGCUUGUGUGCUCGGCGCGCUCUUCUUUGUUGGAUACUCGGCUAAUGCGCUGGCGUUCUUCUCGGGCUCCAACCUGAUCGCGUCGUCCGGCAACCCGGGCACCGUCGGAUCCGUGUACACGGUCAUCUUCCUACUGCUCGAUGCGUCGUUCAUCGUGGGUCAGAUCGCGCCGUAUCUGCAGACGUUCUCGGCGGCAUCGGGCGCGGGUCAGGCGCUGCGCGAGACCAUCGACAAGGUCUCGCCCAUCGACGCCACCAACGCCUCGCAUGGCAUCAUGCCCCAGCCGGGCGAUGUGGCCGACAUUGCAGUCGAGCUCAAGGACGUCGAGUUUAGCUAUCCCGCGCGCCCGGACGAAAAGGCGCUGCACGGACUCAGCAUCUCGGUGCCCGCCGGACAUCGUGUGGCGCUGGUGGGCUUGUCGGGCUCCGGCAAGUCGACGGUCGCUGCGCUGCUGCAGCGAUUCUACGACCCCACCUCCGGUCGGGUUUUGCUCAACGGCACCGAUGUGCGCGAGUACAACGUGCGCUGGCUGCGGUCGCAGAUCGGCGUGGUGGGUCAGGAGCCGGUGCUGUUCGACUGCUCCAUCAUGCAGAGCAUCGCGCACGGCCUCGUUGGCUCGCCCGCCCACAGCCACCUUCACGAGACCGUCCUCGCGUUCUCCCAAGUCGGACAGGAGAAGACCGGCACGGAGCUCGAGCACGUGCUCACGACGAGCGAGCAGCUCGAGCAGCUCGACGAGAUCAAGGCGCUCUGCGUGCGCGCAGCCAAGCUGGCGGGCGCGCACAACUUUAUCGAGCGUCUCCCGCAGGGUUACGAUAGCCAGGUCGGCGAGGCGGGCGGCAAGCUCUCGGGCGGGCAGAAGCAGAGGAUCUCGAUCGCGCGUGCGAUCGUCAAGCAGCCCAAGCUGCUCAUUCUCGACGAGGCGACCGCGGCGCUCGACUCGCAUUCGGAGCAUGCGGUCGCCAAGGCGCUCGACAGCAUCUCGGAGGGCGUCACCACCGUCGCUAUCGCUCAUCGACUCGCGACGAUUCGCAACUACGACCAGAUCGUCGUCAUGGGCGCAGGAAAGGUGCUCGAACAGGGCACGCACAAGCAGCUCCUCGCGCUGCGCGGAUACUACUACAAGCUCGCCGCGGCUCAGGACACCGGCUCGCGCGCGGACGAGGGUGCGGAUGAGACGGAUGCCGACAGCGGGGUCGAGGACGAUCUGCCGGCAGAAGAGGUUGAGCGACGCACGCGCCAGAGGAUGGACGAUGUGGCCGAGGGCGACGAGAGCGAAGGUCUCGAGGGGGAACGCGACGAGUCCAAUGCCGACUCGCUCGAGUCGAGCCGCGCGACGCUCCGGCGCAACAGCAGCGACGAUGCGCAGAAGGACAAGGCCGCCGCUGGUGGGGUGCCCGACGAGCCCACCGAAAAGGAGGCCACCGAGGCGCAGAUCGAGCAGCACAAGGGACGCUAUCCGCCGCGCGUGAUUCUGCGCCGUGUGCUGUGGCUCGUUCGCCGCGAGUGGGCGUUCAUCCUGCUGGGUCUCUUCACGAGCACCAUCAUGGGCGGCUCGUACUCGGGCGAGGCGGUGCUGUUUGGCCACGUCAUCGAAGCUCUUAAUCCGCAGUGCCAUUCGCCGGACGGCGUGCGCAGCUCCGGCCGCGAGUUCGCGCGCUACUUUUUCAUCCUUGCGCUCAUCCAGCUGGUGGCGUACUCGAUCAACGGGCUGGUGUGGGGGCUGGUGGCCGAGAGGUUGCUGUUCCGACUGCGUCGCGUGUCGUUCAACACGAUGAUGCAUCAGCGGCUGACGUGGUUCGAGGCGCAGGACCAGAAUCCAGCCUCGAUGAUCGCCUCGCUCUCCAACGACGCCAACAAUCUCGGCGGCGUCACGGGCACCGUGAUCGGCACCAUCUUUUGCAUCUUUGUCAACCUGCUCGCCGGCAUCAUUGUAUCGCACGCCAUCGCAUGGCGCAUUGCGGUGGUGAUCCUGGCACUCGUGCCGAUUAUUCUCACUGCGGGGUAUCUAAGGCUCAAGGUGCUGGCGGAUUUCCAGAAGCGGCACGAGACGGCGUACAUCAAGUCGAACGCGCUCGCCAUCGAGGCGGUGCAGUGCAUCCGGACCGUGGCGAGUCUGGGCAGGGAGGACGAUGUGAUGCGCAAGUUCGAGCGGUCGCUGCAGAAGCCCUACCGCGAGUCGAUGCGGCACUUUUUGUUCGGCAACGUGUUUUUGGCGCUUGCGCUGAGCAUCAGCUACUUCAUCUACGCCUUUGCGUACUGGUGGGGCAGUCAGAACAUCGCCGAAGGGCGAUACUCGCAGACGGCCUUCUUCAUCGUGCUUCCCGCACUGCUGUUUUCGGCACAGGCCAGUGGGCAGCUGUUGGCGUUCGCGCCCGAUUUCAGCAAGGCCCACGUGUCGGCGGCGAACUUUUUCCGGCUGAUGGACCAGAGGCCGGAGGCGGUGCAGGAGAAGAUGGGUAAGGAUGUCGAGGGUGCGGCGCAGGAGGGUGGGGAUGUGGAUGCGGUCGAGAAGACAAAGGCGACAAGGAUCGAGUUCGCGGAUGUGUCGUUUACCUAUCCGACGCGCGAGGAGGCGGCGCUUAAGAAGGUUUCGCUCACUAUCGAGCCAGGAUGCUUUGCGGCGUUUGUGGGACAGUCUGGAUCGGGCAAGACGACAGCCAUGUCGCUGAUCGAGAACUUCUACACGCCGACGAGCGGGUGCGUUCGUGUGGAUGGCUUGCGCACCGACCGCACUUCGGACGCAGUGCUGCGCCGAGACAUGGCGAUUGUCCCUCAGGAGCCCGUGAUCUUUUACGGCACGGUGCGGUUCAACGUCUUGCUUGGCUUGCGGCCGGACAUGCCCAGUGCCACUGCUGCUCGCAAGUCCAAGCGGGGACGGGGUCGGGAGGAGGAUGAGCUUCUGGCGCCUUACCGCGAAGACGUGUCUUGGCAGACGAGUGUUUCGGACUCGGACAUCGAGGCGGCCUGCAAGGCGGCGGGGAUUCACGAGACCAUCAUGUCCUUCCGCAAGGGCUACGACACGCUCAUCACAUCGUCGCAGCUCUCGGGUGGACAGAAGCAGAGGCUGUCGAUUGCGCGUGCGCUGAUUCGCAAGCCCCGCCUCUUGCUCCUGGACGAGUCGACGAGCGCUCUGGAUAGUCACAGCGAACAGGCAUUCCAACAGACCCUGGAUGCGAUCAGGAGCGAGGGCAAGUGCACGAUCCUGGCCAUUGCGCAUAGGAUGCGCACCAUCAAGGAUGCGGACAAGAUCUUCUUGUUCGAAAACGGACAGUUGGAGGCCCAGGGCGCGUAUGCAGAGCUGGUCAAGAACAACGACUCGUUCAAGGCCAUGGUCGCGUACCAGUCGCUCAACUAG